AGCAUUCCUUUGAAUAUACUGAUAAUUAGAAUUCUUUCAUGCAAAACACUAACAUUGGAAAUUAUGGAAAUUGGGAUAACUGAACGGGAAAGAAGAGGACGCAAGUCAAAUUGUCUACAGUCUUAGGAAGAGUAAACAACGUUGGAAGAAUUUUCCAUAAAUUUGAAACUGAGGAUGACUACAAUGAUUCCAAAUCAAUUUUUGACAACAGGCCUUGAGGCAAAGCAUGAUACAAACAAUAAUGAAUGUAACACCGACGAGCGGAGGAGCGGCGCCUUCAGUGCUGCUCGAGUCUCCGUGAUCACAUCCACAUAUUCAUUACCAUCCAUGACAUCGGUUGAUACUGAUAACAAUGAAGACAACGCUUUAACAGCAGCUGAAGUGAAGCAGGCAGAAAAGAAAGACGAAGCUAAGAAGCCAUACGGCGGAAGACCUCUUAAGUACGAAUGUCCGGAGUGCCAAAGACGCUUUCAUGCACCAAGUCAUUUGAAGCGACACGUGAUGAGUCACAGCUCGGAGAGACCAUUCCAGUGCUCUGUUUGCGGAAAGGGUUUCUUGCAAGCCUGGCACCUGGGCAGGCAUAUGACAACACACACAGGGAACAAGCCAUUCAAGUGUGUCGAAUGCUCAAAGUCGUUUGGAAGCCGUUUUGAGAUGAGGACCCAUAUAAACUACAUCCACAAAGGGAUCAAGGAACACAAAUGUGAUGUUUGCGGUAAACACUUUACAUUGCGAAGCAACUUGAAAGUUCACAUGCGCAAACACACUGGGGAAAAACCUUACCAAUGCACGUUUUGCUCAAAGAGAUUUGGUCAAAGAGGCCAUCUGCAAUACCACAUCAGAAAACAUGAAGGCAAAGACGAUUGCAGCGAUCAGUCACAUUUCCAGAUAUCCAGGGCAGGUGAAAAGGCUUCCAAAUACCCACGUGCAAAACUCUGUUCCGUUUCCGAACAUUCUGACUGCCAGGAUGACGAUGGGGAGUGUGACAGUGGCAUCGGAAGUUAUGAGUCAGAGACGGAAUUGAGCGCUUGCUCAUCCCCAGUUCAUCAAGAAACUUUCGACGACCAGCCUUUUGGCUGUAAUAAACCUGCUCAUUCGACAGACAGGCCAUCAAGCCCUGAAUAUAUUCUGCCUGAGAAGUCUCACCAAAGCCCAUUGAAAAGACGAAAUCCGGAUGCCCGCAUUCCAGAAGUAAAGCCUUUCGUCUGCUACUCUUGUAACUGUGGAUUCUCAGAAGUCAGCUCACUGAGAGCACAUGUCCGGCAUUCGCACCCUAGAAAGGGCAUUGCUGUUGGCGAUUUUCGUUGUGCUUUCUGCCUUGGUAGCUUCUCGUCAAUAGAAUUGCUACAUGACCAUGUGCGCAGCCACCAGCUGCCUGAAUCAAAUGGCUACCAGAGCGAAAGCAAUCGUGUAGUUACAACAUAUGAAAAGCCAAAAAUGUCUGCCAAGUCACUUGCUUUCUCAAUAGAGAGUAUCUGUGCUGAAACUAGUCCUAAAUCUUCUCCAAAGCACCAGGUAAGCCAUGCAUACCCAAGCAUCAAUUCACCGCAUCAAAGCCAACUUUUCAACCGAAUGAUGAUGUCAUCAUCGCCAGUGUCAGUGCGCAGCAGUCUUGCCAGCAGCUUGGACAGAGCUUAUUGCAGCACUGACAUUCAUUCGCAUACAGACGCCUUCUGCCAGUGCCGCAUUAACAUGCAUCACCUCUACAUACGCUAAACACUUGCUUAAUGACCAAAGUCUUACGACUUAAUACUUAAAUUUGACGAAAGCUCUGUCCGGUAAGUUUGAUAUUGUAAUUGAAUUCAUCAACCCAAUGAUCCAAAACUUUUUUCUCUUUGUUGUUAAAAUGAAUAUUGAUCUGAUUUUCUAUUUCGAAAUAAAUCCAAUUACAGUUUUUCUGCUAGGCUCGAUUUUGCCGGAUAGCGCUUCAAAUUUUACGAUAUAUAGUAAUUUAGAUACAGUUCGUUCUGGGGGAGUACCUAUGUUUUGACAUGACAUCAAGUGGCCUAUAGCGCCCUGUCGAUGAUCGCAAAUAUAUUCAAAGAAUAAUUGUCAUUUUUGGCAUUUUAAGUGUGUAGCUUUAAUAAUAAAUUCUUAACAUUACAACCAAAGCAUGAUAUGUAGCUGGUCGAAAGGAGCAUUAUAACUUUAUAUUUAGAUGAAAAAAAAUAUUACCUUCGCCAUUAAAGUUUGGAAGAGUAAGGCUUGUCUGAUUUGACUGAAUAAUCGAGCCUUUCUGAGCCAUGUAUCAUGUUAUGAGCAAAGAAAUUAUUUGUAGAAGGGACUGGGUUCAGUCCCUGAUUGGCUUAGUCUUAAUGACGUGACUUGCGAGGUUAAGCUGACUUGCAGUAUUCCAGAAUAUUUAGAGAUUUCAUUGGAAACAUGCUUUUCUUCCUUAAAAAGAAAAUAGAUGGCAAUUUUCAACAUAUGCAUACCACUAGUAUACCAGAAAUAUGAUUUGCUUACAGUCAGCUUUACUUCCGCAUGAUUUGAUACCUCGGACAAUCAGAGUUCCCACACUCUGUACUUUCAUUCUUGAUGAAACUAAUGCAGGACUUUUCUAGUUGAUAUAUAUCACAGGGGAAACAAGGUGUUUUUCGUUGAACAUUUAUUAAGCUGUUAUCUAACACAAAGGUACGUAGUUAAUGAUGCCGUUGACAAAGGUAUUUCUUCUACAAUGUUUUCUCGGGAUGAAGUCAGACUUUUACCCUCGAAGAUCGACUACAACCUAAUUUCCCUCUACAUUAAUUAACACUUAGCUUCAGCGUGAAGCAAAUAUUACUUGUGAUAUUACCUGCUUUCUUGGGGGUUAUUGUCGUAAAGGAACGGAUAGGAAUCAAAGGAAGAAAAGAAUCUACUUUCAUGCAUCGAAAAGAAAUACGCGAAUGAUGUUAGAGUUCAUGAAGAAAAAGGCAAACAUUUUACUUUAUCUGCCUCAACAUAUAUAUUUUGUUUGGCAGUGUUGAUAUAUAUUUUUCUUUUGCAUUAUUUCGCACUGAGAAAUGCCUUGGCAGCAUGAUUAAAUUAAUGCAACAGUUACGCAAUGGCAUAGGUAAUCUAAGGGAAAUUCUAUUGGCUGCUAUAGUAUUUUAUGAUCGUAACGUAAGGGAAAGAACGUAAGAAAGGCUAUAAGAUUCAGUGUCCAUUUUUAAAGCAUCGUGUUGCUAAAAAAUUUACAGGAGAAUGUAAAAAAGUUCCCUUUAAUGUCUUUGCAUUGCAUAAGAAUGCUUCGCUGUCAUUAUAAGUUUGAAGAAUCUAUAGGAUAUCGUCACAAAAAAUAUUUCAUAACUUUUUGCUUAUUUCCCACACCCUAAAGCACACCCUAUAGCACACCCUACAGCACACCCUACAAUACCGCUGACGUGACGUGACGUGAGAUUCACUAACGUGAAUAUCAAACACGAUAUUCUGCCGUUUAAGACGAAUACCUGCUCUAGGUUAGCAGUAGUUUAUCCGGAAUCUCGGUCAAUGUAAAUAAAUGGUGUUGUAAAAUUUUUGUUGUUUUUUAUCGGUGUACGUUUUCAUGGUAGAGAGAUUGUUGAUAAUCUCUCCUAGUCACUCCGACCUUUUGCUUAACUCAUUUAACCUUUCAAUUGUCAUUAAAUGUUUUUGUCCGUUUAUGUUUACAUUGUAAUACUGUCUUCUUUUGGUAUUUUCCAGGGAAAUAGCCAUCAUCUUUGAGUAUUAAUAUUUUUUAGCAUUGAAUAGUCAAACAAUAGGGCAAGUCCUGGGUCUAUUGAUGUCAUCAUCUGUCAUUUGUCAUUUGUUGAUGUCAUUUGUCUGAAAACGUCUCUUACUAAGGAUCCUAACCUUUAACUUUUUAAUUUAUCUUCAUCGUGCCGUGUUGCUUCGGUGACAUCUGUUGACAUCCAAUAUGAUAUUGAUUCAUAGGCUGCUACUAAACAGCAAAUGAAAAAACACAUGAUACAAAUUAUGUUUAACAAACAAUAUUUGAAACUUUAUUAUACUAUCAAAUAUUUGCAUGGCUUAACAUGAAUAAACUUAACAAACAGCAUGUUAUUCGUCCAUUCCAUUCAAUUUUAAUCUACAUCAGGGACCUUAUCGUGGCUUAAGUUCAAAAUAUGAAUUGAGUUGCAAAUAUACUUGUGAAUUAUCAAAAUUAACAUUCAAUUUGCUAUGAUGGCUAUAUUUUGCUUUUUCAUCAACCUGAAGGAGAAAA